AUGUCCAAGGCAUUCAGUUUGGCUGGUAUCCGGCUUGGUUGGAUGGUUUCGCUGAGUCCUGAGAUUAUUGAAGCAUGUGCGUCCACUAGUCAUAACACUGUGAUCUCAGUGAGUCAGGUCGAUGAUCAGAUUGCCACCUUUGCUCUCGAUAGCCCGAGCGUGAACAGUCUCCUGGCACGCAAUAUCACGUUGGCUCAGCGAAAACUUGCCGCUUUGGAUGAAUUUGUGACGGAGUCCAAAUGGGUCUGCCAGUGGACCCGCCCUCAAGCGGGCACCACCGCCUUCAUCAGAUUCACCGACAAGGGUGCAAACCUCGUGGAUGAUGUGGAGUUUUGCAAGCAACUACAACAGCAGACUGGAGUUAUGUUCGUACCAGGAAGCCAAUGCUUCGGAGGCGGAGUUGAUUUCAAGGGCUUUGUUCGGUUUAGGGUAUGUCAAUGA